UCUGUGGUGUCAGGAUUUCGCGAACGACCUCGUUCACUGAUAAAAAAAGUGCACGAAGUUAAAGACGCGCUGAUUAUUCUUCUAAUGGGGCUCAGAAAGACAUCGUCACCUUAAAAUGUGGCCAGAGAUCUCUGUCACGACAAUUUUCGUGUUUGGUGUCGUUCUAUCGUCCACGCAGAAGAGAUCAGUUCCUGUUAAUCAGUGGAAAGCAGGCAAAGAUUUUGAAGUUCGACUGUCGCGUGGGUUCGCUCCUUACGCUGGUCAGGUGGUCGUUUUCCAUCAAGGGGUCUGGAGCACAGUUUGCGACGACGCCUGGGACGAGAGCGAUGCUUUUGUUGUAUGCCGAGAGUUAGGUUAUCCCAACGUUACCUUGGUAACAAGAGGAUCUUUCUUUGGUCAAGCGGGGACAAUAAAUUUUGAAAAGGUUCGUUGUAAUGGAAACGAGACAAGACUGGGUCAGUGUUACCACAAAACCUCGACACCACAGUCAAACUGUAAAACUGGAUGGAGGAGGGAAGCAGGAGUGAUAUGCGAGCCCGCUAAGAAUGCGGAUCCCAGAGAUCUCCCUAGAGUCCGCCUGUCAAAUCUAACCAACUCGGAGGGCUCAGGACUAGUGGAGGUGUUCAUGCAUGGUCAGUGGGGAAGAGUGUGCGAUUACUCUUGGGAUUUUGAUGAUGCCUCAGUCGUCUGUCGUCAGCUUGGGUAUCCUGGUGCGGAACAUUCCACCUGCUGUGGCAUGUACUUCGGGAAGGGUACAGGACCUCCUCUUAUGGCUCGUGUGGACUGUUCAGGAACAGAAGCAUCGAUAUUUCAUUGCAGUCACGUGGGGAAGGACGACGCAAGGUGCUCUAGACGUUCCAGUGCUGGAGUUGUAUGUAAACUGAAUAAACCAAAUGUUCGCCUGGUUGGUUCUCAUCUCGCACAUGCGGGUUUUGCGCAAAUUCGUCACAAUGGUCGUUGGGGAUCUUUCUGUGAUUGGGACUGGGGACUAGAACAAGGUCAUGUUAUUUGCCGUGAAUUGGGUUAUCGAAGAGCUCUCUUUACAACCCUUGGAGGCGUGUUUGAAAGACAGUCGGGUCCAAUCUGGAUAGAGGAGGCACAGUGUCACGGAAAUGAAUCAUCCAUCUUUAAAUGCGAUUUAACGUACAUCCGGGAUAUGGACGAAGUGUAUGGCUGUGAUCAUAGUCACGAUGGUGGUGUCAUCUGUGAGUCCGAAAAAGAAUCAGGAUCUAACGAAACAGCUGCAGUCAGAUUACAAGGUGGUAAUUCUACUUACAUGGGAGGGGUGGAAAUCCAGCGGCAUGAAAUCUGGCACUCUGUUUGCAGUAUUGCCUGGGAUAAACAUGACGCUGAUGUUGUUUGUCGUCAGUUGGGAUUCCCAGAGGCUGUGGUGGAACUUGCCCAUGGUCAGUUUGGUUCCAAACCUGGACCUAUGUGGUUGACGAGUGUGCAUUGCCAUGGAAACGAGACCUCACUGGACCAAUGUGUGAGCGCUGGAUGGGAGAUUAAAAAAGAUUGCGGAGAGAGAUAUGGCGCAGGGGUGAUAUGUAAAACGGAAAACGUUACCGGAGACGGUGAAAUAAGACUUAGCGGAUCAAGUGAAGUAAACGAGGGUCGAGUGGAGAUUAAAUUGGGAGGAAUCUGGGGCACGGUAUCAGACUUGGAGUGGGAUCUUCGUGAAGGUCACGUGGUAUGUCGUCAGCUAGGAUACCGUCAGGCCGUGCGCGUGUACUCGCAUUCAAGGUAUGGCUCUGUGGAUAAGAAGAUUUUGCUCAGCAACCUGGACUGUACUGGAGAAGAGGAUAGCCUCUUGGGUUGCCAUCGCGAGUUGAAUUUCAGGCUUUACUCGCCAGGCGAUAAUGCAGGGGUACAAUGCACGAAUGAUACUAAUUAUAAAAGUGAUGUUGAGGUUCGUUUGUCUGGUGCAGACACGCCUAACUAUGGUCACGUGCAAGUUAAGUUUAAUGGUACCUGGGGCACCAUCUGCACCAUGCGUGAUCUACCUUACCCGUCGGCGGAGGUGAUAUGUCGUCAGUUGGGUUUAGGACCUGCGCUAAAACAAACAUUUAUGAAUGAUGAAUGCACCGCAGUGAGAGAAGGCGCCGAGACUGUUUGGCUGUCUAGCUUGAAUUGUCAAGGAUUUGAACAUUCUGUUGAUCAAUGUCCUCACAGAGGAUGGGGUAAACUUGACCCUGAGUACUGUUUAGGUUGCACACCUAAGCAUUGCAGUGCCUGUUUGAUAUGUCAGCCGGUGACCACUAAUACUACAGACAUAUCACUGCGCAUGGCCGGUUCCAAUCUUCCCCACGCGGGCCGUGUCGAGGUCCAGUACGCUGGAGUCUGGGGCGUGAUAUGUCCACGCUUUAUGAGUGGCACUGUAUUUAAAGUAAUUUGCCGCCAAUUGGGAUUUGAAGACGUAAUGGGUGACGUUACAUUUUACGGGAGACGAAGGCGGACACCACUUUAUGGGAAAGGAAAAGGACCGGUCUGGCUUAGCAAAGUACAAUGCCAUGGCAACGAAAGCAAUCUGUCAGAAUGCGUGAUUGUCAGUCCCGGGGAAAUUCUUUGGUGCUCACACACAGAGGCACUGGAACUCAUGUGUCGUCCUAAAAAUUAUAGAGCACCUUAUCCGGUCCGCUUGGCUGGAUCUUCCGUGCCGCAUGCUGGGCUGGUUGAAGUUUUAUACAAUGGCACCUGGGGUACAGUGUGCUCCAAUGUGUAUCAGUGGGAUGUAUCCACACCAAACGCAUUAGUUGUCUGUAGACAGCUUGGAUUUGGGCCACCUCUCAGAUCAGCCAGUAGCUGGUUAGCUCCGGUUUUUUCCAACUGUGCAUCACGUGAGCAUGCUACUGGGCCUAUCUGGCUGUCAAACGUCAAGUGCCGAGGAAAUGAAAGUUCUGUAGACCAGUGUCCAAGUCUUGGUUGGGGAAAGACGGAGCGGCAUUGUAGCCACACCUCUGACACUUGCUUGGUGUGCUAUAAUUCACGGUAUCAGAACUCUGAAAUUGCUUUGGAGCUUACUGGUUCCCAAGUUCCUUACGCCGGCCGCGUCAAAGUACGCUACCAAGGGGUGUGGGGCACGUUUUGUUCCGACGAAUGGCAACAUGAGAUUGCUGAGGUGAUUUGUCGUCAGCUCGGUUUUGAUGGCGUUGAACUGGACUUAACUUUGAACAACCUAGACGAGUAUAGCCGGCCUAAAAUAUAUGACGUGGGCCCAGGCCCGGUUUGGUUUCGCAGCUCUGGAUGCAAAGGUCAUGAAAAAAAUUUGUCUGAGUGUGAUCUCACUGAGGACAGAUACUGCUUAGACGAUAACGUGGAGCUUAUUUGCAAAAUGGAAAAUGUUUCUGUUAAUGAAUUCGCUGUCAGGCUCCGUGGAGGAAGCCAUUCAAACGAGGGCCGAGUGGAGGUUUUCUAUGGUGGCCUCUGGGGCACUGUAAGGACCUCCAAAUGGGACCUUACAGACGCCAUGGUUUUUUGCCGUCAGCUUGGUUUCCCAAAAGCUCAAGCCACUUCAUAUAAACAAAACGACCUAUCCAAGCAAGUGUUUUGGUUCAGUAAUUUUGAAUGUGACGGAAGUGAGGCCACGUUAGGGCAGUGUAAGCACACUCGGUUAGGAAAGGCCCUGUAUAAUGACGACGAACCUUUGGAAGUCUUUGUGCGCUGCGCGCCGGGCACGGCGAACAACACUUCCAAGUUCUUUCCCACACCAGCUGCAUCGAUUGCAGGCUUAAAGACCACCACUGUAACUUCAAAACAGGUGCCACCGAACACUGCGAACCAUGUACCUAGCCAAACUUAUACCUCUCAAGGUCCUUUGUCUACCUUAGCACCAUCCACCACAGGCCCUUCCAUUAGUUGCCCUAGAAAUAGGUGCCAAAAUGGCGGCUCAUGUGAGCUGGCGGAGAGGUCAUGGGAAUGUCGCUGUUUGGAAACGUUUUCUGGGGACUACUGCGAAGUUAACGUUGGAAGUAAUGCAGUCUCGAUGAUCUUGAAAAUGACUUUAAAUCAAUGGAAACCUUUCGACUUUAAAAAGACUCUAGCUGAUCUUUUAACAAGCCAUUGCAAGUUGAACUCGUGUCUGGCUAAGGGAAAGAAAUUAAGAACGAAACGCCUGAUAAAUUCUCCCAGUUUCCGAACCGAUGACGUCAUAAUUCUCCAGGGCUACCCUAAACAGGUGCAGGGUACAAGUCUCUUGAAUGUGAGGCUGGCCGUGAAGAUGCCUGGGGAUAAUAACAAUACCGUGAUUUCGCGUGAAGGAUUGCACCGUUUGCUGGUGAAAGUAGCGCCGGGAAUUCAUCGGCGCCUGGGUCAUGAAGUUGCUUAUAUCGAUAAAACAGAUGUUCACUCAGCUUCAAUUUCUUCUGUCCAACCAUUAACUGCUCCUGCUGUUGGCCGCGAGUCGAAUGGACGUGAGUUUUCCACGUCUCACAGCUCCGCUUUGAUAGCGCUUGGUGUUGCUCUUGGAAUUGUGAGUCUUAUUGCCAUCAUUAUGAUCAUCUUGUACUAUCGGAAGGUAAAACGGGAGGAGGUUUCAUUUGAUCAGGAGGAUUCGGGCGCGGACGAGAAACCCGGAGAAAAUAUACGAUUGAUGGCUCUUUGAAUCACUACAUACUCUUCAGGAAAUAAUUACCGGAGUGGACACUGUCAUCAUUACAGACUGUUGUAAAACUUUAAGAACCACACGCCAAAGAGGUUACUUGACAACAUGUAAAUCAUCUCGCAAUUAACUAGAACUGAUACAUACGUGUAUUCCAUGCGUGCAUUCCACGCGUGAAGUAAGGGAGACGCGCCUUAUGCACUGGACAACAGUCUACGCCAAAAACAUUGGACUGUAGGCCUCGAUCUACACACAGCCACAUAAAAACAGAUAAACAACAAAAAAUGUCGCCUGAUAAGGAUGAGAUAAUAAAAGUGUGCGAGCUACAGAGUCAAUACCUUCCUGUUUUCAGUAAAACUCAUAGCCCACUUUCCCCGUGCCCUUCCUGUUCUGAAAGGUGACGUUAAUUCUUGAGCAAGUAACGGGAAUAUUCCAAAUAAGGAGACAAACUUGGACAUUUUGAUUUCUCCCGUCAUUUGAUAGCACCUUAUAAUUAAGACGACUAGUGUAUCACAUCUUUAUCAUUUCAUGGAUCGAAUGACAGCUUUCUCUGACCUUUUAUCCAGCUUGAGCUCAGAAAUGUGAAAUUUAUGGUACAAGAGACAAAAUUCAUAUGACAAUACAUUAAUUAAACUUAGAUGAGUUCUGUCCUUGCGACGAUCCCAUGCCAGAAAAUAAAACGAGCGCAUUCAUGCGGUGUUGUUGACAUCUUUGGAUGCCUCCUAAGAUAGUUCUUUGUGUAAAUUCUAUACCGAUAAUGAGAUA